AUGUGGAAAGUCAUCGAGAAACAAAGCUACACUACUACUACUACUACUACUACUACUACUACUACUACUACUACUACUACUACUACUACUACUACUACUACUACUACUACUACUACUACUACUACUACUACUACUACUACUACUACUACUACUACUACUACUACUACUACUACUACUACUACUACUACUACUACUACUACUACUACUACUACUACUACUACUACUACUACUACUACUACUACUACUACUACUACUACUACUACUACUACUACUACUACUACUACUACUACUACUACUACUACUACUACUACUACUACUACUACUACUACUACUACUACUACUACUACUACUACUACUACUACUACUACUACUACUACUACUACUACUACUACUACUACUACUACUACUACUACUACUACUACUACUACUACUACUACUACUACUACUACUACUACUACUACUACUACUACUACUACUACUACUACUACUACUACUACUACUACUACUACUACUACUACUACUACUACUACUACUACUACUACUACUACUACUACUACUACUACUACUACUACUACUACUACUACUACUACUACUACUACUACUACUACUACUACUACUACUACUACUACUACUACUACUACUACUACUACUACUACUACUACUACUACUACUACUACUACUACUACUACUACUACUACUACUACUACUACGACAACUGUGAUUACGUAA